AUGAAUUGGAAUGACCAUUACACAACAUACAAGUUUCAAGGUCUUUAUUUAAUUCAAGCUGAACGAUUUUUACAAACUGAAUUGAAUGAAAUGCGCGCGAAACAAAAUCUCCAACUAGCAUCACAUGAUGUAAUUGACAAUGAAGAUGUGUAUGAUGAUGAAAUAAUUAAUGAUGAAAAUAGCGACGAAGAACGUUUCCAAGUUCAAUCGACAGAAGAUAAAAACAAUUUUAUACUUGUUAAUACACGCAUUGAUUAUCAAUAUCGUUCAGACAACCUCAACAACACAUGUUUAUACGAUUUUGUCGGUACAUUUUAUCAGAAAAAAAUCAAUGAAACAGAUUUGAAAUACUUAUCAAACUCUUCUACGACAGAAAAACGACAAGAUAACCAAAAAGGUCGACCAUCUAAUGAACGUUUUUCUUUUCAAGAAGAGCAUCUUCAAGCAGCAACACAUAUACUGAUGAAAUACAGUCAACUUCAUGUACCGGUUCUUUAUGGUCGUCAAAUUCCUCGACAAGAUCGUGAUGACACUCGUGAACGAUACAAUCGAGGACUUCUCACACUUUUUGUACCAUGGCGCAAUGCAAUUGAUCUUUGUGGCAUUAUAGAAAAUAUUCAGCUUUUACAUGAAUGUAAAAAGGGCCGUGAUGAACAUUUACUUCAAGUUAUUGCUGAAGCACAAGUCGAGAAUGAUUCGAUUGAUCCUGCAUUUUUACCAUCGAAUCAAGAUGCUGAUAGUGAAUACGAAGUAGAUGAUAUCGACGAUUUAAUUCAAUUAAUAGGAAAUGUAGACGAAUUUACAGCUGCUGCAAUUAAUGCCACGAAAAAAUCAACAGAAAAUGUGUAUAUUCGAGAAACUGUUGAAGCCGUGGAAAAGGUUGGACGGUUUAAUCAUAUGAAUUAUGAUGAUACAUUGGAUUUUAAUGAUGUAACUGAUGCCGUUAUAACAGUCAUUAAUCCAUAUAAUAAUCGAAGCAAUUUUGAAAAAUAUUCAUCAAUUCCUUCAGUACUUGUAGUUAAAAACAAUUUUUCAGCUCAAAAUAGUAUCCUUGAUGAAUUUACAUUGAAUAAAGAACAAAGAGCUGCAUUUUUGAUAAUAAAAAAUCAUCUUGAUGGUGACAGUCGAUGUCGCAAAGAAGACAAUAAUGGUCAGUUCAUAAUGUGCAUACCUGGAUGUGGUGGAACGGUCAAAUCACAAUUGAUUAGUGCUCUCACAAAAUAUUUUUUUAUUACAAAAAGAAUACAAAUGAUGCGAAAACUUGCACCUACUGGAAUUGCAGCAGCUGAAAUUGAUGGUAUGACAAUUCAUUCAUUUUUAGGUGAACAACGUAAUUCCGGAAAACCACGCAUCAUUAAACCAGGUGAUUCCAAACUUGAAAAAGAAUGGAGACCUGUCGAGUAUCUCUUAAUUGAUGAGAUGAGUAUGGUUGGCUUAACUUUAUUAGCAAAACUUAACAGAAUAAUAUGCUCUGCAAAACAUGUCGAUCCUCAAGUUCCAUUUGGUGGUGUGAACGUAAUCUUUUUUGGUGAUUACUUACAAUACCGGCCAGUCUAUGAUUCACCAUUACACACCGAUUUUUCAUUACCAUCAAAAAAGAAACAAGGCAAACCAUCAUCUGAAAAAGAAAUCCAACAACGGGUUGCACGUUCUUUAAUUCUUCAAAUUUAUUGUGUGGUGAAACUUACACAACAGAUGCGGACAGAAGAUUUACGAUAUCUUCAACUGCUCGAUCGGCUUCGUCAUGGGCAAUGCAAUUAUGACGAUUAUGAAUUAUUGCAAACACGAGUUGUUGGAAAAUCAUCAACAGAAUCUCUACAUGAUUCGCCAUGGAACAAAGCUCCCAUUCUCGUGUUCCGAAAUGAAAUUCGAACAAAAUUAAACAACAAGGCAUCAAUUCAUAAUGCAACUCAAAUAGAUCACCCACUAAUGGUAGGUGUCGCGCAAGAUACUUGCAAAGGCAAACCAAUCGAAGAUCCAAUAUUGGUUAAAAAUUUAUUAGAAUUAUCUGAUAGCAAAACAGAGCAUUUACCUGGUUUACUACCUUUUGUUCCAGGCAUGCCUGUCAUUUUAACACAAAAUAUUGCUACUGAACUGGGUCUUAUCAAUGGUAUUAAAGGAACCUUUCGACAAUUAGUAUAUCACGAAGAAUCGAUUAAUAAGUGUAAGAUCGAAUGCAAACUUCAAGAUCUUGAACCAAAACUUAUUCCAAUCCCGUUAGUAGAACAAACAUUUCGUGUCGACAUUGCCGAUAUUCUUCCAAAAGACAAAAAACCAAAAUCAAAUCAAAAGACAAUUUUAUCAAUUAAACGAUCUGCACUACCACUUGUACCUGCUUAUUGUAUUACAACACAUAAAAGCCAAGGUCAAACUUUGAAUAAAGUCGUUAUUGAUUUGAAACUGCCAAAUGAAACUGAUGAUAUUGCAGCAGUAUAUGUACCACUAUCUCGUGUGAAACGUUUGGUUGAUCUAGCUAUCCUACGGCCAUUCGAUUACAAAGUUUUACUUAUGAAACCAAAUAAAUCUCAAGUAGCCGAAAUGGAACGGCUUGACCAACUAUAUACAAACACACAAAGGCGUUUCUCAGAGUGGUUUCAAUAA